GCCCGUGACACUUUCCAAAUCACCUGUCUGUUAUGAUAUACCCCUAAACAUCCCCAUCUCCCAAAGUAUGCCCCCUACCUUUCACAUGAACAACUUCAAGCCGUGGGCUCACCCUUUGGAAAGCCAUUCUCACCAUGCGAAUCACCCAAUCCAUAUACCCCAAGAACCCGAAAAAUCCCCUCGCCCCAAGCCUCAUCAUGAUUCCCUUCCAAGCACUUUGUCACUUCCUUCGGUAGCUACACAUGGGGUGCGACUGUAUAAAUGUUGUUGAUGGAUGCAAUUCAGACAAGGAGGGGGGGGGGGAGAAGAUGAGAUUUCGAGCACGAUUUUAUUCAAUACUGAUAGAAUGUGUUAACUCAUGGCUUCCUUUGGCAAUUUGGAGCCCUACACAGUGAGGAAAUAGAUCAGGCAAAGCACUGAAAUCUUCAGGUAAAUAGCAGCCAAAGAGGGCCUGGGGAGCUCCGG